CUGGUGAAUUUACAUCCUUCCUUCCUUAAAGCUCUGGUUUCUGCAUUUGGUGGGGAUACAGAAAUAUUUUUAUUUAAAAUGCUUGAUCCUUGUUUUCCCCAGGUUGCUCUAAAGGGAAGGGGAAAAUGAACAAAGGAGCCGGCAAAGCUCAUCUCACUUCUCAGAAUUUAUUCUCUGAGCCUUUUUACUGUCUGUGCCCAUCUGAGUAUCUCCAGCUUUUAUCUGCACCACCCCACCGUCUGCAAUUAAAGGGAAAGCCCCUGAAGCUUUUUCCGCCCUUUCAGAAGAAUCCACCUCUGCAGCCAGACACCAGGCUUCAUUUCUGUGCCAAAGACAUGAAGCAUCGUCUGGGCUUCUUGCUGCAGAAGUCAGAGUCCUGUGACUACAGCUCUUCUCAGGGCAAGAAGGAGAAAAUAUCUUCAAGCCAGAGGGUUAGCCAAGAGGAGGUCAGAAAGUGGGCAGUUUCUUUGGAAAACUUGAUCCACCAUGACAGAGGACUGGCUGCUUUCCGUGCUUUUCUCAAAUCGGAGUACAGUGAGGAAAACAUUGAGUUCUGGGUCAGUUGUGAGGACUACAAGAAAACCAAGUCACCAGCCAAGCUCAGCCCCAAGGCCAGAAAGAUCUAUGAUGAAUUCAUCUCUGUGCAGGCAACAAAGGAGGUGAACCUGGAUUCAUGCACACGGGAGAAGACAAGCCACAAUAUGCUGGAGCCUACACUGUCCUGCUUCGAUGAGGCUCAGAGAAAAAUAUUCACCCUCAUGGAAAAGGAUUCUUACCGCCGUUUCCUCAAGUCCCCCUACUACCUGGACUUGGUCAGCCCACCCGGUGCUGGCUGUGGGCCUGAAAGCUCCAAAAGAAGCCACACUCACACCUUAGACUGCAACUCUAAUGUCAUCUCUCAGUGUGCCUGAACUUGCAGCAAGGCAGGAGCAGGCUGUGCUCUCACAGGAAUAUAGGGCAGCAAAAGCAUUCAUUGGCAUGAAGCAACAGAGCUCUCUCCAAUAGCUGUCUUAUGUCUAAUGUCCCAGUUGUAUCCCAUGUCAUGCAACAGCCAGCAUUUGUAACCCAAGCCAGGCUCAGUUUGUGUAGCAAACCCUCCUCUGACUCCAUCAGUGUAGGAGCCCUGGAGUCUGUGUCUGACAUGAGAGCUGGGUGCCACCACUGCGUGUCCACUGUGUGUCUGGGGGCCCAGGAGCGGUGGGGGAGCACGUGCUCAGGCCCAGCAUGACCCACCGAGGGACCAGACUUGCAAUGUUGCAGAGUGAACCUAGCAAGGGGCAGGGGACAGGAAGCCAAGGGAAGUGUCGGGGACUGUGAUCUUCCCCUUUCUAAUCAGCAAAAGCUGAGAUGAAAAGGACUUGCUCUGGUCCUUAGCUGUUCUUAUAGCUCUCAGAUGUCUAGGCUUUCAGCAGUAUUGCUCAGAACUCAGGCUGUGCCAUGUUACAGUCAUCAGGCUUAAGAAGAGCUCCUGCUCUUUCUUGAAGGGAGACCAAGACUUCUCAGACAGCCUCCCUCGAUCACCACAGGCACAACCACAGGGCAGCUCUCUCCUCUGACCCCUUCUCUCUCUUUGCAUCUAGUUUAUGCUGGCCAAGGAUCUUUCCUAGGACUGUACAGAGCUAUUAUUUUGGGGAAGGCUCAUUAUUUAAUAGAUUAUUGUGUCCUUCAUGCUCUCAUAGCUGAGCAGAACAGAACAAAGUUCUUCCCCUUCCAGACUGACAGGUGUGCAUCACUAACCCUGGGAGUGCCAUCUCAAUUCAGGUUUGCCUGCCUUGGCUUGUGUGGAGCAAUUUGUGACAGAAUAGGACCACUACCACAACAGCUGGGGAGGACAAACCCCGCCUGGAAGUACUUGAAAAUGUCUUUUAAAAAAAAAAAAAAAAAAAAAGUUAUGUAUAGGAGUUUUUAAUUCAGUGGUAGCAUGACUCACUUGUUUCCUGAAGAUAGUAGGAGGACUUUGUCAGUCUCUACUGCUGCUGCUGGGCUUUGCCAGAAGGCAAAUUACUUUUUAAUCAUUGCAGUUAGACAUGGCCUUUAUCAGGGCCUUUGAGACUGACACUGACCUGCAGUUGUAGGCACAAGGAAUGGAUGCAGGGCUUGCUGUCCUGGGCUGCAGUACUGACCAGCAUCACCAACCAGCAGUUGGGACUGCUUCCUCUGAGCAGUCCAGCGGCUGUUGGUGACUCUGUCCCCCAACCCUUGGUCUCCUCUUAGUCAGAUAUUGCUACUCUGACAACCAUGCAUUCUUUGCUCUGCAUCCCUGUCCAGACAACAGUUCUCACACCAGGGUUUUGACAUGGCAGGAGGAGGCUGUGGUUCUCCAGUAGGCACAUCCAGGCCCACAGAGAAGCAUCUCUUUCAACAUGUGCUUUAUUUUUUAUUUAUUAGGUUGUACUGACACAUACCACCCCUGCAUGUUCAGCUAAGACAUAGAGAGGCUUGCUAAUGCUCUGAACAUGGCCAAGCAUGUGGCUAUGUUUUAUUUUCCCCUGGUACUGGGAAUUCUUGAUAACUAUUGCCAAAACUGUAUUGAUAUUUAAAUAACAAUGGAUACAUUCUAAAUAAAAAUGUUUGCAUUAGUAACUUCUAAAA